CCAAAAGUUUAGAGAAAGAAGAAACAUCCAAGCCCUAAUUUCCAAAAACCAGACCAUCAUUCACUCUUGCAGAAACAAACCGCAGCAGAAGGAAGAAGAAGAAGAAGAAGAAUGGAUCUCUCCUCUCUCCCAGAAGACCAGCGCCAACAGCUCCAAAAAAUCCAACAACUCUUCCAAGAACACCAACAACAACAGCAGCAGCAGCAGCAGCAACAACAACAGGCUUCAUCCCAAUCCUACGAUCCGACUCAGGCGGUUCAACCCUACGAUCAGUCUUACUACGCUUACUACCAGCAGUACCAUGACCCAAAUCAAUCCCAACCCUAUCAUCCCCAACAACAAGAUCAACCGCAGCAGCAAAAUCAGUAUUACGAUUAUUACCAACCCAAUUACUCCAAUGCGUAUCAACAGCAACAUCCGGCGCCAAAUCAACAACAACCACCGCACGCGUAUCCCGAUUCGGCCUCGGCCGAGUCGAACCCGCCGCAGGCAGGCGAGUCCGGCUCCGCAGCGGCCCCGCCGGCAGCUGUGCCCGUGCAGGGGCAGCAGGAUGCGCGUUAUUCGCCGGCGGUUGGGGACCAGAAGAGUCCAGGGUUUGCGGUGCCGGCGGGGUUGAAUCCGGCUGCGGCCGCGGCGGUGGCGGCGCUGUCGCAGUUGACGCAGUUCGCGGGGACUAUGGAGGCGGCGGAGAAGGCGAUGGCGUUGGUGAGGGGUGGGGGGUUUGGGCAGGCGAUGGGCCAGGAUUCUGGGCUGGGGCAUUUUAUGGGUCCAGGACCGAUGCAUCAUGGACCGGGGCCGUUUCAUAUGCCGCCGGCUGGUCAGUCUGUGUACCGGGGUGGUGGUAAAAGGGGCGGGCCAUUCAGGGGUGGAAACUUUGGGAAUCGUCCACCCAGAUCAAGAGGACGUGGUCGGGGUAGAGGCGGCCCCAGGCGCUUUCCACCAAACGAUGCAUCAUCAUCUUCAUGCCCAAAACCUUAUGCUGCUGAGGAGGCAGAACUGAAUGAAGAAGAGGCAGUAACAGAACCUACAGCUGAUAAUCGUGAGGAAACUGAAGCACAGAAACCAGGAAACGGCGCUCCUAUCAAGCGACCUCCACAGGCAGCAUGGUGCGAACUGUGUCGAGUCGAUUGCACCAGCUUGGAAAUCCUUGAGCAGCACAAGAAUGGGAAAAAACAUAAAAAGAACUUGCAAAGAAUGGAAGAGUUGCAAAAUGCUAUCAAACCUGUCACCGAAAUACAGAACGAGCAGAAAUCUGUUGCUGAGUCCAAUCCUCAAAUUGUACAGGAAGGUGAAGACAACAAGAAGCUGAUCCUCCCUGCAAAUUUGACCACUGAAGCUCUUACUAAUGAAAACAAAGAGGGAAUGGAAAGACAAAAUGAUGUAGCUGAACAGAGGCGUGGAAUGAAACGUAUGAUGAGAGGCGGGCGUGGCGGGAAGCGGCUGAGGACUGAUGGGCCUAGACGGCCCAUGGAACCUCCUAAACAACCCAAAGUGGUGGUUCCCUUAAUUUGUGACUUGUGUAAUGUGAAGUGUGAUACGCAGGAGGUUUUUGACCGGCACUUGGCGGGUAAAAAGCACAUUUCGAAGCUUAAGCGGUUCGAAGGUCACCAAGCUAUGUAUGGGCCUGUGGGGCUUCAGGCUCUUUAUCCUCCCAACCCACUUUCACAGACUUUGUUCCACCCUCAAGGCCCUCAACAAGCUUUUUAUGGGACUCAAGGUUCAUACCCUCCUCCUCCAGGGCCUUGUGUGCCUCCUCCACAAGGUCAACACCUAGCACAGAAUCCGAGCCAUCAAGUACCGGUGUCCAGUUCUUACUAUGAUGGCCAGAUGGCUACACCUGUAAAUCAGCAGCAGCCAGCUUCAUUCGGAACAGAAAGCAAUCAAAAUGGUGCUUCAGGAUCUGAAGCCACCGGAUUGGCUCAGCAGGUUAUUCAGUGACACAUGAAGCUGAUAAGUAGGAGUAUGGAGCUAAUUAUAUUCAUGCAGCUUUGCUGGGACUUGAAAAGCAAACAGGGGUCUUGGCAAGUGAAGAGUAUUUGGGACCUCUAUAUUUCGGAACUCUUGGUGAAUUUUGUUUGCAAUAAAAAGGGACCUUGUUUUUGUUUCUCUUUUACUCUCGCUUCCCCAAAUUUUACUUUUAGACUGUCUAUGUUGUGGAUUCUUGUUAAUUCGUCUUUGAAAUCUCAAAUUUUACUAAUGUAAAUGUGUCUUGUUCCUUGAUCCUUGACAGAACCACAGUUGGAUGGUUCUUUUGGAGUUUUGAGACUAUUCCCUAAUGUUUUGCAUGGCUCAAAUCGUAAGGGGACUCUGUUUGUUACAUGUUGAAUAAUAAGACUGCAGGAUCUCUAAUGCAGCUCUUUCGAUACCCCCGUCA